AUGGCCCUUUCAGCGUGCAAUGCCGUUGUUAACCCAGGCUUCGAGUCUGGUGUCCUAUUCCCAUGGCGCGCAUCUGCCGUGGACGUUGCUCAGGUGAGCACCGGUACUGCCUACAGUGGCGACUACUACCUUAACCUGCGGACCGCCAUCGAUAACCAAGGCAACACCAUAUCGCAAACCCUGAGGAAUCUCAAACCGGGAACAAACUAUACGUUCAACGUCGAGGCCCAGGUUCCCUAUCCCGCUAUCUCAGAGUACUGCUUCGUGUAUGCUUAUGUGGGUUCCAACUCCACGAUCGGCGAAAUUGCUAGCGCGGGCUUGUUUGAGGAAAGCUUCGGGGAGUGGGUCUCCGUUUCUGGAAGCUACGUGCCAAAGCAUUCCGUUGAAACUUUGCACAUUAUUGCUGCUUGUGAUGAAGAGGAUAACUCUGUUACCGGGGAGGUGUAUCUCGAUGCCAUUAGCUUCGUGCCUCAGAGUGGCUGUGGGUCUGCGUAA